GAAAAAAUGCUGGCAGCACUGAACAAAAAGGUUGAAGAAGUUUAUAGAAAUUGUAUUGGUGACAAUGAAGCUAAUAUCAGGUGUGAGAACUGCAGAUGACAUCCUCUGGAACCCAGGGGGUAUCUUCUGUCAUUCGUUCCUCACUCCCAGGAAAGUGAGGAACGACAGAAGAUUACCCCUGGGUUCCUGAGGAUCUGCAGAUGACAAUUUUAGCAGAUUGACUGCAUCCAUGUGGGUGGUUCACUUGUUUAAAGAGUGGACAUAAAGUUAUCUGUUCCUUAAAUUCAGAAUUCUGCCUCGUCAUCAUGCACUGCGAAGUCACGUGARAAAGCACUAGCCGCCCGAGAGAUCAGUGCAUUUCCCGCCUUUGCUCGAGACGGUCGUGAAAAUAUAGAACCUUGUUUUUACAUUCAGAAAAACUACUWAAUUCAACGGCUAUUGCCAAACAAUUCAACUAAAAAGRGGAGACUCUCCUCUGAAACCUUAWCAACAUGACAAACACGAAUAAUCCAGAGGAACUUSAAGUGCUUGACUYAAGCAAACAUGGCGAAUCKCCAAUGGCGGCAUCUUCGGGAAAUCCCGAUGCUAUCGUCGCUGCAAUUYCUCUUAUGACAAGGCAAUUGGUGUCUUCCAUUACGACAUUAAACUCAUCUAUGGAUCACUCGUUUGGUGAGAUGAAAGAGACUCUAGGAAACCUUGUUUACGAAGGAGAAGAAAAAGACGAAGGCUCUGUCAACUCCGACUCGGAGAAAGAGCAUGACAAGGCGCCAAACAAAGACAGCGCCACUACAACGGACAAAGCCCGGCAACCGGCGUCCGAUAAUACUGCUAACAGCAGUCAAAAGUCAUUGGAAAAUCACAAUGACAAGYCUAAAUGCCAGGAAUCUUCUUCGAAAGAAGAAAACACAACUCUCGCAGGAAUUGCGAGCAGUCUUAAGUUAGGGCAUAAAAAAGCCCCGGCUGUCAACGAACAGUUCGCGGGCAUCCUCAAAGAGGUGAUGAGAGUAAAGCUGGACGAUGACGUCCUGCUCGACACAAAAAACCGAUACACAAGGCCUGAGAACUGCCAAUGCUUGGAACCUACACAGGUUAAUCAUCUUAUAUGGGACAAGUUAAAACACGAAACAAGAUCAGCCGACUUGAAAUUACAGCGCAUUCAGGCCAACUUACUAAAGGGAAUWAUUCCAAUUGUCUCAAUAGUUGAGAAACUGGUCAAAGUCCAGGAUAAAAUACCCGUUGAGGUACUAGAUGUUGAAGCUCUCCUGAAAACCGCUACUGACUCAGUAGCCAUGCUUGGGGCUGCAAAUUUUGGGCUCAACAUGCAACGGAGAGACAACAUAAAACCAGAGCUCAAUGCUGACUACAAGCACUUAUGCUCGCCUACUGUACCGUUUACUGAAUUCCUUUUUGGGGAUGAUCCUGACCUAUCGAAACAGCUAAAGGAUCUGGCAGAGGCGACUAAAGUCAGCAAGAAGAUAAGUAAGAAUCAUGAACCAAAGCAGGACUACAAAGGACAGAACUACAACAAGUCCUACAAACAUUCCAAAGGCAAACGAUUCGGUUACAAGUAUUCACAUAACCAUCAUUUAAACUCAAGAAGGCCCAGCUUCUCAGCCAACAAACAGAAGGAGGAGGGGAAGAAGCACAAAUAGGGCCAGAAGACCCCUCAACGUCUAAUACUAAUCAG